AGGCAGGGAAUUGGGGAUUUUUUCUUCAAAUUAGGGUUCUAGCUUUCUAGGGUUUGUGACUGAUUUAGUCGGGAGAUUUUGGCAAUGGGGUCUGAUCAGUCUGGCGAAGCGAAGCUUUUCGUGGGAGGGAUUAGUCGGGAGACUACUGAAGGAGUCCUCAGAGAUCACUUCUGUAAGUACGGUGUUGUUCUGAAUGUUCAUGUUGCCAAGGAUCGGAGCACCGGAAACCGAAGAGGAUUUGGCUUUGUUCUGUUCGCUGAUGCCUCUUCACUCUAUAAGGCACUGCAAGACCCACAUGUGAUAUUGGGAAUAAUGGUAGAUGUGAAUAAAGCAAGACCCAGGCGUGACCAACACGACAGCCAGCAACAACAGCUGCAAAAACACCAUCAAUGUCAACAACAGCAUGAGGGUUUAUAUAAGAAUUGUGGUCUUGGUAUCAGUGAAAAUAAUCGUAGGACCAAAAAGGUAUUUGUAGGAGGCUUAGCAGCUAGUUUAACUGAGCAACAGUUCAGGAGUUAUUUUGAGAGGUUUGGUAGGAUAAUGGAUGUAGUUGUUAUGCAUGACAACUUAACCAAUCGACCUAGGGGCUUUGGAUUUGUUACUUUUGAUUCAGAGGAGUCUGUGGAGAAUCUUAUGCAGCAGAGCUUCCAUGAGUUGAAUGGUAAGCUUGUGGAGGUCAAGAGGGCUGUGCCAAAAUUAUCUGUUAAUAGUUUUAACAAUGGUCAUAAUCGGAAGGUUGAUGGUGGGAGAAGUUAUUCUUAUCCUAGUUCUGAACCAGGCAGUUACCUUCCCUAUAGUCAUGGAUAUGGAAUUUACACAGCACAUGCUCCUUUGCCAGGAUAUGGUGGUGUUGGAGGGUAUCACUAUGGAACAGAUAUAUAUGCGGGCAUGUACCCUAUGGUAGGAUACAACAGAGUUGGUUACGGGGUUACUCCAGUGGUCGCUACAAGCCCAUGGACUGGCCCUCUGGUGAUUGAAUCAAGGGCAUACCAGUUUUCUUAUAGCAAUGCUUGUGCAUAUCCUUUCAACAUGAAUGGUGGGGUUGGAAAUAUGUUUACAUUAUCUGGUGGUUUCGAUGGGAUUGUUCAGCCAGGAGUGAAUUGGAGAACAAAUCAGGUCCUUGGCAGCAUUGAACAUCUGCCAGCUGAUGUGACACCCGCUGCUACAAUGGAUGGGGAAGAGGAGCAUGCUGAUUCUUCAGGUUUUAAUGGAAAUGAUAGUGCUGUUUCUAGCUAACAUCAAAGAUUCUCUGGUGGACAAAUUAAGCUUUUACUUGAUAGGCAAUUUCUCUUAAUCAGUAGCACCAUUCUUUCUGAGAAUUUAGGAUCAGUGAAUUCUUUAACCGCCUGUGGUAAGACUGCUCAACCAUCCCAUUCAGAUGUCCAUUGUAGAUGUAAUUCCUGUAUCAUAAAGCUGUUGUUUCUUUCCGUUUGUUUUACAUGUGUCUAUAAUGUUUCGGUACAGAUUUCGGUCUUUGUAAUAUAUAUGCUCUUUCAGAUUUCAGUA